UGUAGAAAAGGUUUCAUUUUUGUCCCAAAUAUGCUGGAAGAAAAAAAAUGAAAUGCAUACUUUGAAGAGUGUCUAUUUUUUAAAUGACAAUAAAUGCAAGGUAACCGGAAAGAUGGAUGAGUCAUUCGUUAUUUGUGAUUGUACUCUAUUUUAAGUUAAAAACCAGCCAUAAAACAGAUUUAUUUUGUGAGUGAUUUAAAACUUUACUUGAAGUAAAUCAAGUAAUUGACUUAUUUUUGAAAUCAGAAACCUCACUGAUAGCGUUUGAGUGAUUUUAGUUUACAGGGAGAAACGAUUUCCACUGUUACCUCAUACUGCUAGUCCUGCUAGUGCACUGUAACCCGCCAACAUCACUGUAUGAUUCCAUCCGGGGUUUACCUAUGAGAGUGCAUUAGGUCAUGAAGAAGUUCCACGCGGUUACGAUGGCAGAAACCAACGGUAGUGAAACAGAAGGCAAUGAUGAAGCCCAAUAUAUGGAGACAUCAGACAUGGUAGUUGGACUGAAAGAUCAAAAGAAAUCUGCUGCAGUUGAGCUAAAAGAUGUAAAAGGGAAGAACAGGAUCAGUAAACUACUUCAAGAACACGGCAACUUUCCAGACCUCGAUGUCCUGAAUGUGAAAACAAAUGUACCAGAUGCUUUCAAUUCGAGUCCUAUUGGAAGUUUUGAAUCACCUGGUGAAGAGAAGUUUCACUCUCUUAAAAGAAAAAGGAAUAAUUCAGAAUCAGAUGAAAAUAGCCUACAGGUUUCCGUGGUAAAUGCUGACAAGUUUAGCUGUGCUGUAGACCAAUUCACAGAGCAGGACAUUGAAGAUUAUGGCAGACAACAGAAGACUGGAGUGCUUUUGCCCUGCCCUUCCUUUGUUGAGGGGAAAGUACAGUAUGGCCCUCGCAGAGAUGCCACAAAACUUCUGGAGCACCAGGACAAGACCAAAAAAGCAACAGGAGUUCUUACAUCCAGGACACUGGUGCCAGUGGCUGGUAGAUAUGAUGAAAAUUACCAGUUUACGCUAAUGGUUGGUCAGUUUCAGUCCAUGAAUAUUAACACGUACCAGGAUAAUACAACGAAGACUAAAUUUCAAUGUGAGAAGAUCCCUAAGCAAAGAGUUCAUCCAGAAGCUGUCUUCAAGUUUCCAUUCCGAAGUAAAUAUUUACCAGAAUUGCUUGGUAUUAUCAUCAGACCAGACCAACCUGUGAAUGUACUGUUUACUUUUUCAGGGGUGUCAUUGGACAAAUUUCAGCAAGGUCCAUUUCAAGUGAAGGAUAUCAUUUGUUUUUUAAAGCAAGCUAUGAAGGCUGUGUAUUGUCUUCAUCAGGAAGAUUUUGUGCAUACUAGAAUACAACCUCACUGCUUUCUGGUUGAUAGAGACAAUGAAGGACUCCUAGUUGUCAAGUUGACAGACUGCUACAAUCUUGAAAGAAAUGAGCACGGUAUGGAUUCAAUUGUGAAACACCUCCUGACUGAUUCUCGUCUAAAGGCCCAAUACUACCCUCCAGAAUUGUGUCGUUUUCUUCGCAACUGGGAAAAAUGUGGCGUGACCGCAUUUGGCGACGACAUGACUGUAUUUGGUUUCUCUUUCGACACUUACGGGAUUGCAUUGACAACCCUUUAUAUGCUGAAGGGAGAGCAUGUUCUUCAAAACGAGCAACCUUGGGAUGUCAUUUUAAAGGUGGCUGUAACUCCACAUUUGGUGCAAAAUAUUGAGCACCACCUCUCAAACACAAAUCUUGGGCAUAUACUGUUUCGAAUGUUGGAACCUGAUGCACAGAAAAGAAUGAAGAUGACGAAGGCUUUGGAAGAACUUGAUGAAAACGAUAAUGAUCUGCUUAAACUUAAUGCAAAGGUACGGAUAUUUAAAAAGGUCAAGAAGAAAAUGACAGUGUCAAACAAAAAGCAGCUCAGACAAGGCAAUACCCAGCCUCUUCAAGUCGGUACAAAUUAUCCAGUAAAACAUAUUGCAAACAGCCAAAGUGAGACUACUGGCAUCUUCGCACGUUUUUCUCACAAAAGAAGUCGAACAAAUGACAAAGUUCCUGGUUUGGCAAACAUUUCAGGAGGAGCCAACGACACAUUUGCUGGUUAUGCCCACAGUAAUGAUGGAGCCAAUGACACAUUUGCUGGUUAUGCCCACAGUCAUGAUGGAGCCAAUGACACAUUUGCUGGUUAUGCCCAUGGUCAUGAUGGAGCAAAUGACACAUUUGCUGGUUAUGCCCACAGUCAUGAUGGAGGCAAUGACAAAGUCGCCAGUUUGGCAAAUCCUGAAGAUGGAACCAAUAAAACAGUUGGUGGAGAACACUUGAUUGUAACUCCUUCUGGGCUGUCUGAUGAGGCUUCUUUGAUGCUAGAUGAUAUAAUGGAUAUCAUCAGUCCUGAUCUUGACGACGAGUAUCGGAUGGAACAUCUUAAGGGACCAACAGUCUCUGAUUCCCAAGACAUCUUAGAGAAGAUGGAUUUCAGCCAUUUCCCCCUGCCUGAGAAAGCAAUGCCUGAUUGUUCACAUCUUGGAUGCAAGCAAAUGGAUUUACCUACAGAUUGCCAGUUUGCUAAACAAACUGACCUUCAAAUCACCACCAUCUCCAACACUUCAGAUGCAUCUGAAAAUAUGACCAGAUUAAACCAAACAACUGCCCUGGAGGAAAAGGACGCUGACACUGAUAUUCUGCAAAUAUCUAUCAGUCAGACCAUUGGGAACCUUGAAGAAAACGUUAAGCAAUCACUCGCAUUAGAGGCUUGCAUGUCAAAUGAUGGCGCUUCUAUUUGGUUAAGUGAAGAUGAUAAUACUGGACAGAUUCAUGAUGAAACAAACACUUUUGAUGGUGGGGACGGUGGUGGUGGUGGUGGUGAUGAUGUUGGUGGUCAUGAUACUGCUGAAUCAGAUGAGGUGGAGGAUGAUAAUGACAAUGGUGAAACUUUUAAAACAAUGUGAAAUUAGUUUUUACUUAAAAAAGUUCUAUUCCCAACAAGCUAAGAACUGAAUGUCCUUUUUACUUUCAGGUUUGAUUCCACAAAGUAUUGUGUACUAAUAGUAAAUAAUAUCUUCAAUGAAAUCAAAACUUACCUAUAAAUAAAGAACAAAUAGAAAAAUGUAUAUUCACUAAAUUCUAUAAUAGGAUCAGUAACAUCACCAGUUCAACACAAUCACCACCACCACCACCCAAACAUAUGGUGAUACAGAAUGUCGAUAUAGAAAAAAAUAAAAUAAUACAAUUUGUUUAUUUUGGACUGCUUUACGUACUCAAAAAAAUUACAUUAUUUCUUUUGCAUCAUUGGUGUAUUGAAUGUGUCACGAAUCAUGUAUAAUUUAUAUAUACAAACUGUUUCAGUGUAACGAUUCAUAUAAAAAAAUAUAUAUAAGUUAUCUGUACAACAAAACUGUUAAAUUGUGUCGCGUAUCAUGUGUAAGUUAUCCGUUACAACAAACUGUUUAUUUGAGACACGAAUCAUGUAUUAGUUAUCUGUCACAAAAAAAACUGUUCAUUUGUGUCACAAAUCUUGAAGAAGUCAUUUGUAUGAAAAACAGUUUAUCCAUGUCACAAAUCAUAAGAUAUCUGUUAAAACAAUCAGUUUAUUUGUGUCAUGAAUCAUGUAUAAGAUAUCGGUUAAAACAAACAGUUUAUUUGUGUCACGAAUCGUGUAUAAGUUAUCUGUUAAAGCAAACAGUUUAUUUGUGUCACGAAUCAUGUAUAAGAUAUGUUAAAACAAACAGUUUAUUUGUGACAGGAAUCAUGUAUGAGUUAUCUGUUAAAACAAACAGUUUAUUUGUGUCACGUAUCAUGUAUGAGUUAUCUGUCAAAACAAACAGUUUGUGUCACGAAUCAUGUAGAAGUUAUUUGUAUAAAAAAAAAAAAAAUCUGUGUCACUUAUCAUGUAUGAGUUAUCUGUUAAAACAAACAGUUUAUUUGUGUCACGAAUCAUGUAUGCGUUAUAUGUUAAAACAAACAGUUUAUUUGUGUCACGAUUCAUGUAUAUGUUAUCUCCUAUUUUGCUUCCAAUAAAUACUAAUUUUGCGAAA